CUCUUUCUGGCCCCGCCCAUUCUGCUGCUGUCUGGGCUUGGUCAGGUGCUUGUCUACAGCGACCUAAACUCCACGUUUGGAAAACGGCUUUAAAAUUUUGAGUGGGAACAAACAUCAUCUAGGCCAUGCUCAGAAGGAUACUUCAAAUGACUCCUGGGAAAGGAGGCUCCCAGAAUGCAGAGUCGGAGCAGCCCACCACAGACAUUAACCACGAUCAGACUUCUGAGGGUUUCAUUUGUCCUCAGUGUAUGAAGUCACACAACUCUGCAGAGGAACUAUUCAAACACUAUGAGCUAUUCCAUGAUACGGGAGAUAUUCCCGCUAACGUUGGCCCCAGCCGGGAAGACCUUACAAUGUUGAGACAAGAGGUUCAGGACCUGCAUGCAUCACUCAAGGAAGAGAGAUGGUUCUCUGGAGAACUCAAGAAAGAGUUGGACAAAGUCCAAGGGCAGCUGAAGCAAAAUGAUGGACAGAUGAGCUCAGAGGACUCUGUCCUCGAAAGGAAGUUAAAUGAAGUGGAGACGGAAAAAUUCAACAUCAAGCAGAUGAAAGACUUGUAUGAGCAGAAGGCUGCCCAGCUGGCCACAGAGAUAGUAGACAUAAAGUCCCGUUAUGAUGAGGAGAAGAGCCUACGGGAGGCUGCUGACCAGAGGCUUACCAAAUUGCCCGAACAGCUGCAACAAGAGAAGAAGGAGAACGAGAGACUCCACACAGAACUGCUGCAGCGGCCCGGAGUGGAAGAUGUGGAGGUACUGCAGAAGGAACUGGUGCAAGUGCAGACAAUGAUGGACCUCAUGACACGCGAGAAGGAAGAAGAGUCUGAACGCCUCAAAAGCCACUAUGAGCAGCUGCAGGCUAAUUAUGCUAACUCAGAGCUGACUGUGUCUCAACUAAAAGCAGAGCUGGAGAAAGGUCCACAGGAAGUUGCUGUUUAUACUCAGCAGAUCCACCAGCUGCAGAGCAAUUUAAAUAAUUUACAACAGCAAAGUCAGAGCCUGUCAGAGAAGCUGACACGUAAGGAAAGAGAGCAUCAGGAGCUGGAGACGCAGCUGGAGACUGAAAGAACUUCAAAGAAGGGAGUCCAGGACACCCUGAGGGAGAAGGAGCUGGAGAUGCAAGAGCUCCAGGCUCGGGCCACAGGAGCUGAGACAUCCCUGCAGAAAGCCCAGACAGAACUUGCAGACAGGGGCAAGGAACUGGCCAAGUUGAAGAGUGAGUUUGCAGAGCUGGAGGUGAAGCACGCAGAAAUGAAGGUUGAGAGAAAACAGUUGGAACAUCAAAAAGAAGAGCGAGAGAGCCAUGGUGCUCAGCAGCAAACUGAGAUUAGUCAACUGCACGCCAAGCUGCUUGAGGCAGAGAGGCAGCUGGGUGAGCUGCAGGGUCGUCUCAAAGAACAGAGACAGCUGUCUGGUGAAAAGCUAAAGGACCGAGAGCAGCAAGCAGCUGACCUGCAGCUCAAACUGUCCCGUGCUGAGGAGCAGUUGAAAGAAGGGACCAGUAAGAUCUCAGACCUUCAACACCAGUUGGAAAAAGCCAAGCAGCAGCACCAGGAACUACAGGCACUGCAGCAGAAUACAAACGGCAAGCUCCGCGAAGCACAGAAUGACCUGGAGCAGGUGUUGCGUCAGAUCGGUGAUAAGGAUCAGAAAAUCCAGAACCUGGAAGCUCUGCUCCAUAAGAGUAAGGACAUUGUAAGUCAGCUCGAAGCUGAGAGAGAAGACUUGUGCGCUAAGAUCCAGGCAGGAGAGGGAGAAACGGCUGUGCUCAACCAACUUAAAGAGAAAAACCACACACUACAAGAACAGGUGACACAGUUGACAGACAAACUGAAGAAUCAGUCAGAGAGCAACAAGCAAGCCCAGGACAACCUACAUGAGCAGGUCCAGGACCAGAAGACCUUACUACGGUCGGCCCAGGACCGAGCCACCACUUUGGAGACUUCAGUCUCUGAAUUGACUGCUCAGCUCUCAGAGAGCAAGGAGAAAGUCAUCCAGCUGGACUCUCAGCUUAAGGCAAAAACGGAGAUGUUGCUGUCUGCAGAAGCAGCCAAGGCUGCACAGCGGGCUGACCUGGAAAACCAUCUGGAGACCUCCCAGCAUGCACUGCAGGACAAGCAGCAGGAGCUUAAUAAAGUCCAGAAGAAGGUGGAGGAACAGGCGCAAAGGCUGAAGGAAAGGCAGGAGCAGUGCAGCCAGCUGGAAGCCAGUCUGAAGGAAUGCAAAGACAAACUGCUGUCCUCGGAACAGCGAAUCGAACACUUAGAGGGGUGCAGUAAGAAGCUGGAGUCACAGGUGGUAGAGGUGCAGGCCACACGGGACCAGGCGCAGCAGGAAGUGCAGAAGCUGCUGAAGGAGGGUUCAUUUUUCAAGCAGAAAACUAAGGAGCUGCAGCGCUUGCUGGAAACUGAGAAAGCAGGCGCUUCAACACUACAGGAGGACUUGAAGAAAAAGGCAGCUGUUUUGAGUGAUGCCCAGCAGUGGCUAGACCGCUGUGAGCUGGAGAAAGUUGCUCUGAAGGCCGAUCUGGACAAAGUGACCCAAGAAGGAAACGCUCAGCAAGUAAAACUGAGCAAGAAAGCUCAGAAUUUGACAACAGACUUACAGAAGACUCAGCAGGAGAAGGAGACUCUAAGGAAGGAGCUCACGUCUACUCAGGAGACCCUCAGCAAGGCUAACAAGGCUCUGAAGGAGAGUCAGAAGCAACUAGACACAGAGAGGAAGAGUCAUAAAUCUGCAAUGGAUGAGAAGGAAAAGUCCAACGAAAAUGCAAGAAAAGAACUUCUUAAGACUAGUGAGGCCAUCACCAAGGAACUGAAAGAAUCUAAAGAGCAGCUAGAACUGACAAAAGAUGCAGAGAAAAAAUUGAAAACACAGCUGUGUUCAUUAGAACAGCAGCACUUGAACAUGCAGCAGACACUGAAGGAAAAGCACAAGGACUUGGAGACGUUACAGGCACAGCUGAAGGAAGCUCGGGGGUCCUUUGAAGACGAGAGGAAGAAAAUGAAAAGUCAACUGGCAGAGCUGCAGGAAGUCAACGUGAAGAAGAGUGAAGAGGAGAAGCGACUGCAGGCCCAGGUGUCAGCAUUGAGCCAGGAACUUGUCUCUGAGAAGAGCCGCACAGCAGAGCUGCAGAAAGCCUCAGAGCAAAGCCUCACAAAGCUCCAGUCUGAUUACUAUGGCAAAGAGUCCGAGGUUUCUGCACUGAGACAGGAUCUGAAGAUGUUGGAGGAGAAGCUGAAUUUGGACCACGAGGAGCUGACUGCUAAUCGGACCCAUCAGUCAGGUUUAGAGUCUCGGAUUCAGGAACUGCAGGCAGGCCGGGCCUCUUUGGAGCAGGAGUUGGCCAAACGAGACCAGAGUCUCCAAAAACAGGGCCAGACUCUGAAGGAGCUUCAGAAGCAGCAGGGUCAGAUUAAGGAAGAGCUGGAGAAGGAGAGAGGAAAAGUGGACGAGCUGAACAGAGCCAAAAGUGUGCUGGAAAAGAACAGUGCCAGAAUGACGUCUGAGUUCAAAGCACUAAUGGAGAAAAGUGAGAAGGAGCUGAGUGAGUGGCGGGAAGCCAAGCAGCUGUUGAUCCAGCAGAAACUGGAGCUGCAGGCUCAGGUGGAGGCUGCACAGGCCACGCUGGAGCAGGAGCAGAAAGAGCAUCAGCUCACCAGAGACGGCCAGAGCCAACGAGAGGAGCAGCUUCUUAUGCAAACCAAAGAUGUCCAGGCUCAGCUGACUGCAGAGAAGCAAGCUAGAGAAGAGCAGGUGAAGCGUGGUGAGGAGGUGGAGGGUAAGCUGGCGUUACAGGUGACUGCUCUGAAUGAAAACGUGGCAACUCUGAAGAGGGAGUGGCAAGGCAGCCAGCGGCGGGUGGGCGAACUGGAGAAGCAGACAGACGAGCUGAGAGGGGAGAUCGCCGUGCUGGAGGCCACCGUCCAGAACAACCAAGACGAGAGGAGGGCACUUCUGGAAAGGUGUGUGAAGGGAGAGGGGGAGAUGGAGAAACUGCAGGCAAAAGUGGUGGAAAUGAGGCGGAAGUUGGACGACACAACAGCAGCCAUGCAGGAACUGGGCAGAGAGAACCAGUCUCUCCAGAUCAAGCAGUCGCAGAGUCUGACCAGGAAGUGGGCCGAGGAUAACGACGUGCAGAACUGCAUGGCCUGUGGGAAAGGUUUUAGCGUCACAGUUAGGAAGCACCACUGCAGAUACUGUGGGAACAUUUUCUGCGCUGACUGUUCAUCUAAAAACGCCUUGACACCCUUCUCUAAAAAGCCAGUACGCGUGUGUGAGACAUGCUUCGAGGAGCUCCAAGGCUGACUCCCAGCUGUAACCCCGCUCACCCUCACACUCUGAUUAUCCCGUUGAGCAGAAGGCGUGUCUUUGUUGUUUUCCCUUGUGCACUAUUGAGGACCGACCCGCUGCAAAGACUCUCGCCCGCCUGUGACUGCAAAGCUCCUAAUGAAAUGUGAUGCAACGGAUUGGCGUGAUGCGUUUGAGUGGGAUUGUUUUUUUGUUGUUUUUGUUUUUUUGUGCCUUUGCCACUCCUCUGGACUGCCAGAGGGCGAAGCCAGCACAAACCCAACACCAUCCAUCAUCUCACCUGUGUAUUCAAAUGGCCAUCGUGCUUCAUCAUGUGAAUCAAUCAUGUGAGCGCAAGGUGGUGGGCGGGUCUGUAAGUUUUGAAUUCAGAUGGCACACCUACAGUCAUUAUGACGUAGUGUAAUUUCAAAGUGUUGAAACUCACCGCUGCCAACAAAAGGUACAUGCAAAGAAUCAUUCUGUAAAAACUGCCAAAGUGCGUUCCCGCUGUGGAGUCAUUUUGUGGUUUCCUUUAAAUCAAAUUAAAUUUUCUGAGCUCUUGGGCUGUUCCUUCAUAGUCACUAAAUUUCUGCUUCUCAGUCCCACCAGUGUUGUGUUGUUUUUAAGACUGAACAUUCAGAGAGUGGAAGUGAAAAAUAUAAUUAGUAGACAAGUUUGUUCCCAAAACAGAAGUUUUAAUUCAGGUCCAUAAGUAUUUAGGUAACAGCACAACUUUUGUAAAUUUUGACUGUACGCCACCAUGGAGCUUAAAUGAUCCAGAUUUCUCUGCAGUGUGGAUUCACUGGUGUGUUGGUGGGUUCUCACUAGUCGUCUUCUUGCAAAGUUUUUGAGAAAUGCCUGCUCCAAACAGAUUAGUCUUUUUUUUUUUCUUUUUGAUUGAAAUGAAAGUUCACACAUUUAAUGACUUGGAAAUGUUCACGUAUUCAUCCCUGAACUUGUCUGAACAAUAAGUGUCUGUAAAAGUGGUGAUUUGUAUAAGAAAAUCAAAUUCUUAUAGUUUUGUCUAGUUACCUAUGGACUGUGAAAAGGGAGGGGCUGUAAAUCCUAACUAAUUUUAUGUAAUAUUUAACUCAUUAAGUUAAAGCCAGAAUUCUGCAGUGGAAGCAAAACCUUUUCAUUAUCUCCACUGUGGCACCCAGGCAAACCUCUGUCCAAAUACUUAUGGAUUUGAACAUGAAAAAUGUCUGACUUUGUUCCCUCUGUGUUUUGUACAUUGUAUGUAUAAUGGACGUGGCUAUGAGCACCCCCCAGACAGAUGAGUUGUAAAGAUUAAAAACAUGCAUUUAGAUUUGAUCCACUUUAUCUAUCGUCACAUGCUUGCACUCUGUGCAUGUUGCCUUCGUAUGGCACAGCGGUUGUGUAUUUAAUUUAAUGAGGUUCGUUUGUUCACCUUAUUUCAUGACCAAAGAAUGUCCACAGCAGGAAUACAGUCGUUUUUCAUAAGUCACUAUUUUUGUAAGUUUCUGCUGCGUGUUUGUUCUGAAAUCGAAGGUUCUGCAUUUUUAUCUCCAUGGGGUGAAGAUGUGAGGGUUUUUUUUUUCCCCCCCUGUGCAGUUUCUGCUGUGGGACACUUAUGCAUCACUAAUUAUGUUCUUUGUGUAUUGAUUUCUACAGAUGGUGGUGCUUUCUGCUGUGUUUUGAUGCUGUUGUUGAAGGUGCCUCGAUGUUGAUUUUCUUGCGAAUCAUCUGCACUCACAAACACUGACUACUGUUGGAGCUGAGCACACGCGUGUGUGUGUUCUGCUUAGAAGCAAUAAUUGACUGGCGUGUGUGUGUGUAUACAGUCAGCCUGCUGUCUUGUUUGCCUCAGCACACUGUAUAUUUUCUGCAGAGGAUCUCGUUUGAAGACGUCUGUGCAGAAAAUAUACACAUAUAUAUAUAUAUAUAUAUACACACACAAUAUAAUUCCUCUGUAAUUGAUUCUUUUUGUGCAGGUGGUUUUGUGUAGAAACUGGAGCAGGCUGUGUACCAGCUGGCAACGUGGUCUCUUCUGCUCUUUUGUAACAACCAUCACGUUUUAGGACAAGUUAGAUUAACUAGCUGUUUAUCUGUUCAUUACAAAAGAAUGUGCACCUUAGUCGCAAUCUCCAUGCAUCGCUUGUUACGUCUACCUCAGAUUGACACGGGGGGGAAGUAAAUAAAAAGCACUAAACCUUAGCCGUCACACGUUAUAGCCUGUAUUUGAUCUUUCAACUCGUGAUGGUCCCAGACGCCUAGCGCGGAUUUGCACCUUACUGUAUUCGAGGCUCGUCCACAGGAGAACACGGCGGCAAACCCACGACCAACUUCACACGGGCUGCUGUGUGGAAUCGUUGACACAGACGCUGUCGUAAUUAUCUUUGUAAAUGUUUCUGAUUAGAGAAUGUAAGAGUUGUGGAUAUGUGCACAAAGUGAACUGUGUGGAUCAGUGUUAUUUUUAUAAAGCACCACAGACGUGCGCCAUCACCUGUAGCUUGUGCUGUGUUGCAGUCACCGUGCAUGCUGAUUUUUAACGGGCUCGUGAAUCGCAUUUUGCCGUAUUUAAUGUCAAAUUCAUUUCUGGUGGUUGUGAAGGUGUGCCUUAGGCUGCGGUCCCGUACGUCUUGCUCACUGGUUGCGGUGACCAUCCUGCAACUCGUACAGGAGGAUAACUGUUCAUGUGCACCAACUGAUUUUUCUAAUUUGACAUUGUAAUAAAAGUGAAUAAAAUUACAGGAUGUUUC